AUGUCAUGGACAGAUGCCAAGGCAGCCUGCACCCAUUACAAGGACACACGGCUUCUCUUUAUUAACCGCCCUGAAGAGAAGCACAGGCUCAUUGACCUAAAGUCAGCUCCCGCUGGCUGUGCGGAGAUCAGUACUGAUGGCAAAGUGACGUCACAGACAAACUGCGCGGCUCUGAGAACCUGGAUCUGUGAGAGAGAUGAAGCAGUGGAUUUAUUUCUAGAGUAUCCACGCCACGCAUUACUGAAACCGCGUGCAAGUUCGGGUCAGCUGGACUCGUUGGGCAGUGCGAAGGAAGCGUGUAUUCUGGGAUCAGAGAGCUGCACUGGCGUGACGCAGUGGGAGGGAGCGUUUGUACUGGUUUCUGGGAACCAAAUGGUUCUUUCCACCUUAGUUCCAGUGACAGCCUACCUGAAGACUGCCUGUGCCCCAGGGUACUAUGGGAUAAAAUGCGUCAACACAUGCUACGUGUGUCCGCAAAAUCUAAUCUGCAACGCCGUUACUGGACUCUGCGACAGCAUGGUUACCUGCAUCGGUGGCCUUCAGCUCUCCGGCUGUCAAAGAGCUGUGAGCCUGGAAUGUCCACAGGAGCCCGGAUGGUGGUUCUGGGAGGACCACUGUUAUUUUAUAUCAGAGAAUAUUGAAACUAAUUCGUGGAAUGAUGCAAAGGACGCAUGCACCUUCUAUAAGGGGACCUCACUGCUCACCAUAAACAGUCAGGAGGAGAAGGAAUGGGUGUCCUCUAUGAUAAGUGAUCAGGCUUGGACCGGUCUGAGUACCACAUCCAGGGGUCUUAUAUGGACCUGGGCCGACGGCCAGACCCCAACUGUCUCAGCUUCCUGGUUUUCUGUUACACCGCUUGGUUAUAUAAAGAACACUUUCUGUGUUAUCAUCACCUCCGCGCCGGCGUCUCUGGCCGCCCAGGAAUGCAUUCUCUCUUACCGCUGGGUGUGCGAGCAGUCUGUCCGGACCCCCUUCCAGCCGAUCCCGGGGAUGAUCAUUCUGGAGCCUCUGCCGACGAGUAUGGCCGGUUACCCAGUACUGAGGGCUGCAGAGUUGGGGUGUCUGAGUAAUAUCCCACAAUGCACUGGGGUGACCCUCUGGAAUGGCAUAUAUUUCUCUGCUAGUGGAACCCAGCUGGUAAAGCGCCAACUCGUGGGGAGCACAGCCUACCUGAGAUCAGCUUGCUCAGUGGGGUAUUAUGGCCCCAGAUGUGCUCAGAAAUGUCCAGCCUGCAUGACAGGAUUGGUGUGUAAUUCUGCGCAGGGGGAGUGCCAGGGUACACAGACUUGUGUGUCCAAAACGACACUAAUAAUGGAUUGUGUAUACGCUCUGACCAGCACCCUCUGCCCUAGUGACCGUUGGCGAUUAUGGAAUAAAGGCUGUUAUUAUAUAGAGACGACAACCGCUACAACUGCUCCAGAUUCAUCCCUGUUCUGUGACAGAUUUCGAGAAACGAACCUUCUGACUGUGGAUACAGACACAGAAAAGAGCUGGAUUGUGAAGGCCAUUCAGCGAAUUACACAGGAUUCUGGGACUGAAAGCGGUACUUACUGGCUGCAGGCAAGUGGCGCAGGGAUGAGAUCGGACUGUCCCGCCAUCACAGCUGGCGGAGAGCGCGUGGUGCGAUCCUGCCAGCUGCCAUCUUUAUUUAUAUGUGAGGGUAAAGAAGGUUUGCUAAGUCGCUGCCCGGUGGAUCCAAAAUGGCAGCAUUGGCGGAGGAACUGUUAUUUCCAGGAUCCUUCGCUCUCGCUGAGCUGGCAAGACGCUCGGCUAAACUGUAACAGUUUUAAAGGGACAAAGCUCCUGUACUUAACCUCAACCAAAGAAAAGGACGCGGUCUGCUCCUUGUUUAAAGGGUCUUCGUGGACAGGACUCAAUGAUCAGAACGUGGAGUCCGUGUUUGAAUGGACCACGGGAGAGCCGAUCAGUCCAGAGGUUGCGCAAUCUCUGAGAGAUGACAUGGCGGACGGAGGGUUAAAAGACUGCGUGAAAAUUAACACAGAGGCGCAAAUUCUAAAUGACGCAAAUUGCAACGAGAAAAGGCCCUUCAUCUGCAAAUGCAGUGAGGACACGGAAUGGUUUGAUGAAACGGCAGACCGCGGCUUACCUGGUGAUCUCUCUACCUUGUUACCGUCUGAGAAAGACCUCAGCAGCGCUAAAGCAACCUGCUUGCGCCAAAAAACCUGGUGCUUCAUGAUUUUAAGAAACGGGACGCAGUUCUAUUUGGUCACCAGCAGUGCGGCGCUGCAAUCCAUCAGUGGUGUAACAGCUUACAAAGCAAAUAUUUGUGCUGAUGGGAUGAGCGGCAGUGCAUGCACCGUGCCCACGAAACCCACGGACAAAGUGUCUUGUGACUGCACUGGCUCCAUAACCACGUCUGUCGGAGUAGUGUGUAAUGUUCCUGUGCUAGACUGUAUAAAGUUCUGUUCAGAUCAGAAACUCCAGGCUGAUUGCUCGGCAUGCGUCCCGAUUUGUCCCGUUGGAGGUUUUGGGGUGCUAAGCAGAGAAGAAGUCUCAUUUGUGGCUGGAAUGGAGAAUAAGGUUUUACAGUUCCUGAGUCAGUCUCCGUUUGAUAAAGACGUGGAUCCUCAGAAUUCUUCCAAAAACAUCCUGUACAGCGAUAACAAACCAUAA